AUGUGGAGGAGUAGUAGUAGUCAUGCAAGUGAGGAUGAUAAAGAUAAUAACAUUCUUGGUUUUUUGGAUCAUAUAUUCUCAUGGACUCUGAAAAAUGUUCUCAACGAAAAUCUAUAUAGAAACAAGGUGAAUAAGAUUCCUGAGACAUUUAAGUCACCAAAGGAAUACAAGAAUUCCUUCAUUACACCACUCUUAGAAGAAACACAUUCAGAUUUAUAUUCAAACUUGUUAGGAGUGUCACGAGCUCCAUUUUGUCAUGUUUUGAAAAUAGAAAGAGACAGUACGCAAUUCAAACUUCCAAAAGAUUUGUUCUAUAGAAUAAAAGUGAAGAGUAUAACCGAUGAACUUGCAAAAGAUUUUGGAAAAUAUGAACCAGAAGCUGGUGAUCUAAUUGCUUUCACUGAUAUGAAGCCUAAAAGAGUUGAUGACUUGAAUACAAACAAAUGUCCUUACAAUGUUGCUUAUGUUGUUGGCUCUAAAGAUGAGUUUUCUGGUGAAAUUUUAGUAAUGUCAUCAAAACUCAUGAUUGAAUUUGACUUCACCAAAACCAACAAUCAGAAAUUAUAUGCAGUUAAUCUGAUGAACUUGACGACAAAUGUUCGUAUUUGGAAAGCGUUGAACUCGCAGUUGGAGGGAGAACAUCUUAACAUCAUUAAAAAUGUUUUGCAGCCUGGGCUUAAUGGAGGAGAAUGCUGCCAAAUUUGCAGUUCAAGAUCAAAUAGUCAAGCUUCUUUCAUUGAAAAGGACAUAAUUGUUGCUCAGAAUCUGAAUGAAUCACAAGCAGAAGCAGUUUCAAGCUGUGUUAGUUUGAUAAAUUGUUGUCAUGCUAAUACCAAACUUAUAUGGGGCCCACCAGGGACUGGCAAAACAAAGACAGUUGCAUGCUUGUUAUUUUCUCUACUCAAAUUAAAAACCAGAACAUUAACUUGUGCUCCAACAAAUACUGCAGUGUUGCAAGUUGCAACUAGGUUGCAUAGUAUAGUUAUGGAUUCACUUGAACAUGAUACAUAUGGUUUAGCAGACAUUGUGCUUUUUGGCAAUUCUAAAAGAAUGAAAUUAGCUUCUCAUUCUGGUCUUGAAGAUAUCUUCCUCGAUAUUCGAGUAAAUAACCUCAUGCAGUGUUUUGCUCCAUUAACUGGAUGGAAGCAUACUUUGGAAUCCAUGAUGCAGUUUCUUAAGGAUCCCAGAAAAGCCUAUUUUUCAGAGCUUGGCCAUCAGUCCCUUAAAGAGUAUGUUUUGGAAAAGAAUAGUUAUGUGUAUCGCGCAUACCAGCAAACUAAUGGUGAUGAUGAUCCUAUGACAUUUGAGGAAUAUGUGCAGAAUUUUUGGAAAGACAUUGCAGAGAAAUAUCAAUCGGAUGUGGUUGAUAACAGCGAAAGUUCGUUGACGUUGGAGCAAUUUGUAAAGAAGAGUUUUCGUGAGCUACGAGAGAAACUCAAGUUCUUAAUACAAACAUUAUAUACACACUUGCCAAAAUCUUUCAUUUCAGUUGAAAUAGUGAAAAAAAUGUUUAGAGCUCUUGAAUUGCUAAGGUCUAUAGGAAUUUCUUUGCAUCAAUCCAAGUUCAAGGAAACUUUUGAUGAUUGUGAAAAAGAAAGUAUUCCUGCUUGCUUUGAACCAUCAAGCAUUGAAAUAGAUGAGUUCCUUAGAAUACUAAGUUUGCUUUCAAGUUCAAUUUUGCUUCCUGAACUCAAUGGAAGAAGUCACAUAGAAAAGUUUUGCUUGUCAAAUGCAUGUCUAGUUUUAUGUACAGUGUCUAGUUCUAUAAAACUUUAUACAGAAGGAAUGACACCAGUGAAAUUUUUAGUUAUUGAUGAAGCAGCUCAACUAAAAGAAUGUGAAUCCACAGUUCCAUUACAGUUACCAGGUCUUCAACAUUGCAUUCUUAUAGGUGAUGAGAGACAACUUCCAGCUUUAGUGAAAAGCAAGAUUGCUGAUAAUUGUGGAUUUGGAAGAAGUAUGUUUGAGAGGCUGGUAAUGUUAGGAUACAAGAAGCAUAUGCUUAAUGUCCAAUACAGAAUGCAUCCUUCAAUCAACAUGUUUCCAUGCAAGGAGUUCUAUGAUGAAAGAAUUUCUGAUGCUCCUGUUGUCAUGGAACAAAGCUAUAAUAAGAGUUUCCUUGAAGGAAAAAUGUAUUCUUCUUAUUCUUUUAUUAACAUAGCUAAGAGUAAGGAGAAACUCGGCCGUGGACACAGUAUGAAGAACAUGGUAGAGGCUGCUGUAAUUUGUGAGAUAAUUAAAAACCUUAGAAAAGAGUUUAUGAGGACAUAUAAGAAGGUUAGCAUUGGUAUCAUAUCUCCAUAUAAUGCUCAAGUUCAUGAAAUUCAGGAGAAAGUUAAGCAGUUCACUUCGGUUUCUGAUACCGACUUCUCUGUUAGUGUUCGAUCUGUUGACGGAUUUCAAGGCGGUGAGGAAGAUAUUAUCAUAAUAUCUACUGUUAGAUCUAAUCAGAGUGGAAAAGUGGGUUUUCUUUCAAAUAUACAAAGAACAAAUGUGGCUAUGACAAGGGCUAGGUAUUGUCUUUGGAUAUUAGGCAAUGCAACUACUCUGAUGAAUAGUGACUCUAUUUGGAAAAACAUAGUUCUUGAUGCUAAGAGAAGAGAUUGUUACCAUAAUGUUGAUGAGGACAAGAAAUUGGGUCGGGUUAUUGAUGAUGUCCUGUUUGAGCUUGAGCUAGUUGAAGAAUCUGAGUCAUCAUUUAAGAAACUCAGUCUAUGUGAAAUAACAGAAAGAACGGCUACUUCCACUAGACCAAUGAAACUUAGGGGGCCAAGCAUGAAACUGGUGAAUCACUUGCGGGGUGUUCGGUCGCUUAGGGAAGACGUUGAAGAACUGUUGUGA